CUGGUGUUUCAGAGACAGAUAAUGCAUCUCAAGAUGCCUUGGCACUGAGCAAAUUGGGAGGACAGGCUGAAAAAAAUCGUAAACUUCAAAAGAAGCAUGAAUUGCUCGAUGAAGCCCGAAGACAAGGUUUGCCUUUUGCCCAGUGGGAUGGGCCGACCGUAGUUGUGUGGUUGGAGCUCUGGGUGGGGAUGCCCGCCUGGUAUGUGGCUGCCUGCCGAGCCAACGUGAAGAGCGGGGCCAUCAUGUCGGCCCUGUCGGACACCGAGAUCCGGCGUGAGAUCGGCAUCAGCAACCCCCUGCAUAGGCUGAAGCUGAGGCUGGCCAUCCAAGAGAUCAUGUCUCUUACCAGCCCGUCCGCCCCUCCCACGUCGCGAACGACCACAGGGACUGUCUGGUUAACUCACGAAGAAAUGGAAACGCUCGCAGCCACGCCGCAAACGGAAGAUGAGGAGGGAAGCUGGGCUCAGACACUCGCAUAUGGGGACAUGAACCACGAGUGGAUUGGGAACGAGUGGCUGCCCAGCCUGGGCCUCCCUCAGUACCGCAGCUACUUCAUGGAGUGCCUGGUGGACGCCAGGAUGCUGGACCACCUGACCAAGAAGGACCUCCGCGGGCAGCUGAAAAUGGUCGACAGUUUCCACAGAAACAGUUUCCAGUGUGGAAUUAUGUGCCUGAGAAGAUUAAAUUAUGACCGAAAAGAACUGGAAAGAAAAAGAGAAGAAAGUCAGAAUGAAGAAACCUUUGACUUCAACGCACUGGCGCUAUUGUUACAGAUCCCAACGCAGAAUACACAGGCUCGUACUGUCUUAGAAAGAGAAUUUAACAACCUUUUGGUCAUGGGGACUGACAGAAGGUUUGAUGAAGACGAUGAUAAAAGCUUUAGGAGAGCACCUUCAUGGAGAAAAAAAUUUAGACCAAAGGACAUUCGUGGCUUAGCUGCUGGAUCAGCAGAGACUCUUCCUGCAAACUUCCGGGUUACUUCUUCUAUGUCUUCACCCUCCAUGCAGCCAAAGAAGAUGCAGAUGGACGGCAGUGUGUCAGGAACACAGAGGUUGGAUUCUGCCACAGUCAGGACUUACUCCUGCUAAAGCCUCCUGCUGUUUACCCACACUACUUCUACAGAUGAUUAUGCAGCAUUUUGAAUCCAACAAAGACUACAU